AUGAAUGCUCAUCCCAAAGAGAUGGUGCCCCUCGUCAGCAGGAGAGCCACUGCCCCCACCGGGAACCCCGUUGUCCUGACGGAGAAGAGGCCAGCGGAGCUCACUCCCACCAAGAAGAGUGCACAUUUCUUCCUGGAGAUAGAAGGGUUCGAGCCCAACCCCACCGUCACCAAGACCUCUCCCCCCAUCUUCUCCAAGCCCAUGGACUCCAACAUCCGGCAGUGUCUCUCUGGGAACUGUGAUGACAUGGACUCCCCUCAGUCUCCUCAGGACGAUGUUACAGAGACCCCAUCUAAUCCCAACAGUCCCAGUGCGAACCUUGCCAAGGAAGAGCAGAGGCGGAAGAAGAAGCGGCUGAAGAAGUGCAUCUUUACUGCCGUAUCGGAGGGCUGCGUGGAGGAGCUGAUGGAGCUGCUGCUGGAGCUGCAGGAGCUUUGCAAACGGCGCCGCGGCCGAGACGUGCCUGAUUUUCUCAUGCACAAGCUGACAGCCUCGGACACAGGGAAGACCUGCCUGAUGAAGGCCUUGUUAAACAUCAACCCCAACACCAAGGAGAUCGUGCGGAUCCUGCUUGCCUUUGCUGAGGAGAAUGACAUCCUGGACAGGUUCAUCAACGCUGAGUAUACAGAGGAGGCGUAUGAAGGGCAGACGGCACUGAACAUCGCCAUCGAGCGGCGGCAACGGGACCUCGCGGGCGCGCUGAUCGCGGCGGGCGCCGACGUGAACGCGCACGCCAAGGGCGCCUUCUUCAACCCCCGGCGCCAGCACGAGGGCUUCUACUUCGGAGAAACGCCCCUGGCCCUGGCAGCGUGCACCAACCAGCCUGAGAUCGUGCAGCUGCUGAUGGAGAACGAGCAGACGGACAUCACCUCCCAGGACUCCCGCGGAAACAAUAUCUUGCAUGCACUGGUAACCGUGGCCGAAGACUUCAAGACCCAGAAUGACUUCGUUAAACGCAUGUAUGACAUGAUUCUGCUGAGGAGCGGCAACUGGGAACUGGAGACCAUGCGCAACCACGACGGCCUCACACCACUGCAACUGGCUGCGAAGAUGGGCAAGGCCGAGAUUCUGAAGUACAUCCUCAGUCGUGAGAUCAAGGAGAAGCCACUCCGCAGCCUGUCCCGGAAGUUCACCGACUGGGCGUAUGGUCCCGUGUCGUCCUCUCUCUAUGACCUCACCAAUGUGGACACCAUGGCUGACAACUCGGUUCUGGAAAUCAUUGUCUACAACACAAAUAUCGACAACCGGCAUGAGAUGUUGACCCUGGAGCCUCUGCACACACUGCUGCAUAUGAAGUGGAAGAAGUUUGCCAAGUACAUGUUCUUCCUGUCCUUCUGCUUCUACUUCUUCUACAACAUCACCCUGACGCUCGUCUCCUACUACCGUCCCCGGGAAGAAGAGCCCCAGGCCUUCCCACACCCCCUGGCCCUAACACACAAGAUGGGGUGGCUGCAGCUCUUAGGGAGGAUGUUUGUGCUCAUCUGGGCCACAUGCAUCUCUGUGAAAGAGGGUAUUGCCAUUUUCCUGCUGAGACCUUCAGAUCUGCAGUCCAUUCUGUCAGAUGCCUGGUUUCACUUUGUCUUUUUUGUCCAAGCUGUGCUUGUGAUACUCUCUGUCUUCUUGUACUUGUUUGCCUACAAAGAGUACCUCGCCUGCCUCGUGCUGGCCAUGGCCCUGGGCUGGGCGAACAUGCUGUACUACACACGCGGCUUCCAGUCCAUGGGCAUGUACAGCGUCAUGAUCCAGAAGGUCAUUUUGCAUGAUGUUCUGAAGUUUUUAUUUGUAUACAUUGUGUUCUUACUUGGAUUCGGAGUAGCUCUCGCCUCAUUGAUUGAGAAAUGCUCCAAGGACAAAACGGAUUGCAGUUCCUAUGGCAGCUUCAGCGACGCUGUACUGGAACUCUUCAAGCUCACCAUAGGCCUGGGUGACCUGAACAUCCAGCAGAACUCCACCUACCCCAUCCUCUUCCUGUUUCUGCUCAUCACCUACGUCAUCCUCACCUUCGUCCUCCUCCUCAACAUGCUCAUCGCUCUGAUGGGGGAGACCGUGGAGAAUGUCUCCAAGGAGAGUGAGCGCAUCUGGCGCCUUCAGAGAGCCAGGACAAUCCUCGAGUUUGAGAAAAUGUUACCAGAGUGGCUGAGGAGCAGAUUCCGGAUGGGAGAGUUGUGCAAAGUAGCUGAGGAGGACUUCCGGCUGUGUCUUCGGAUCAACGAGGUGAAGUGGACAGAAUGGAAAACACAUGUCUCCUUCCUUAAUGAAGACCCAGGGCCUGUACGACGCACAGUAGAUUUCAACAAAAUCCAAGAUUCUUCCAGGAGUAACAGCAAAACCACCCUGCAUGCAUUUGAGGAAAUAGAGGAAUUUCCAGAAACGUCGGUGUAGAAGCAGAGUUCAGUGCUGGUGUGAACAUGGGCUAAGUCCUGAACUUGGUUCUGGGGGCUCUGCACCAUGCUGAACUCAAAGCAGAAAGCCCCUCAUGCUGAGCAGGUGGCUGCACAAGAGGCAGCUGUCAGUGUUGGAGAGGGAGACAUCUUUGAUUCUAAGGCUCAGUGUGAGCCGUCAGGCCUGUGGCCCCAUUCCUGGGAGUCUCCUGGAGUCCUGGGGGAAGAUGUUGGUUUGAGCACAGUCAGUGUGGCUGGAAGAGACAGGUUCUUGGGAAGGGAGGGACCAGGGCCUAAGGAGUGUGUGCAACACGAGGACACAGUUCCUGCCAAGUUCUUAUCAACCUAACCCCACCCACAAAUUUCUCCAUCUCUCCCAUAUGGCUAGAUUACCUGAAUUGGUAGACAGUUCUUUGUGUGUGUGUUCUGGGGAUGGAACCCAAGGCCUUGCAUAUGUUAGGCAUUUACGUCUGGUUCUGAAUGUGCAGGGGCAGCUCAGCCAGAUAUCUUGGGGAGGAAGGGAGUUAUGGAAAUGCCCUCCUGGAACUUUCAGGAAAUGAAACCAUCCUUGAAGUGAAACCCAAAGCUCAAACUGUCUCCAACAGGAUGUUUUUAGUUGAGUAAACAACGCCGUUU